UUGAAGGUGAAUAACGGCAAAAGGGAGCUGGAGAUGAUAUAGGGUAUUUAGUUGGACGCUAAUUUUUAUGCUAAUUUUCUUAAACCCUGAGCCCUGGUUUUCUCUGUGCUGUGUUAUUUGUUGGAAACAUGUACUCAAUCGCCCCUUUCUCUCUCUUCCAAGCAGAACUGCUCGAUUCUAAAUUCCUCUUCAAUGCCAAUUGCCUCCGAUAUUCAUUCCGACAGCGAUGGGUUCAUAGCCCCACCAAACCCACGCUAACUUCAAUUCAACCUCUCGUAUUUCGCAACUCCUUCAAAUCCUCUCCUCUUUGCGCAGAGUUGGAUUGUUCCUCUUCAGCAUGCUCUAUUACUUCUUUUCCUCGCUCUGUUCGAACAAGCCUAUUCAAACUUUUGUCGGAGAAGCUUGUGUUUUUUCUUGUUGGGUCGUUUAUCUUAAUCGGGUGCUUUAACAGAAGAGUGGCUUUAGCACUGCCCUCUGUCACUUCAGGCGUAGCUCUGGAGGAGGGUAGUGACGCCUUGAAAGAGAAAAGUGAGGACGAGGAAAUGUACGAGAAGAUUCUGGAGAAGGACCCGCGAAAUGUUGAGGCUCUGAAGGUGAUUUUGUUUAAGAAAAUAAGGAUGGGGAAGUCGAAGGAGGCUGUGAAGUACGUCGGGAGUUUGAUUGAUGCAGAGCCGAACGAGGUUGAGUGGCGGCUUUUGCUGGCAUUUUGUUACGAGACAAUGGGGCAAUUGAGUACGGCUAAAAGAUUGUUCAAGGAAAUCUUGGAGCAGAGGCCUCUCUUGAUCAGAGCUCUGCAUGGUUUGGCUAUUGUGAUGCACAAAAAACAUGAAGGUCCGGCUGUCUUUGAAAUGCUGAAUGAGGCUUUAGAAUCAGCAUGCCGUGAAAAAAGAGUUACAGAAGAGAGAAAUAUAAGAAUCUUAAUAGCACAAAUGCAUGUUGUGAAGGGGGAUUUGGAGGAGGGUUUAAAAAGGUUUCAAGAAUUGGUUGAUGAAGAUCCUCGGGAUUUCAGGCCUUAUCUUUGUCAGGGCAUUAUAUACAGUCUGCUGGAUAAAAAGGAGGAAGCUGCACAACAGUUCGAGAUAUAUCAAGCCCUCUUGCCCGAGGAGUUUCCGCAGAGAGGAUUUCUUGAUGAUGUCGUCUUAACAGCGAAAGGAACAUCCAGAGAUCAGUUUCAGAGGGAAUUUGAAGCUCAAUAUUCUCAUAGGAAGUAGAGAUCAGCAUCCUUAUGUUCUUUGUUGAAUUUUGGUGGUCUCAAUGCAGUGAGGCAGAAGUUU